AUGGAGACAGUUGCGACCUGGGCACCAGGUGAUUAUCUCACUGACCAAGCUGAGACUCGUCCACGAUUUGCCUUGGUAAUCCUGAACCAACCAAUAACUGAUAUCGAAGGGUUUACGAGAUUAUGGAAUAAUGCAAGUCUGCGAGUUUGUGCAGACGGUGGGGCGAAUCAAAUCUAUGGCAUCGAAAUUGACAACGAUAUACCAAUCCCUGACUGCAUCACUGGUGACCUGGAUUCUCUCCAAUCCAAAGUCGGAAACUACUAUCGUGCACUCGGUGUAUCCAUAGUUCCCGACCACAGCCAAUACGCAACGGAUUUUACGAAAUCCCUCAACUGGAUCCUGAAGCAGGAGCAACUUCAUGACUCCCCAAAGCGAGACACCGCCUCUGACGAAGAAGAAGAGGAAGAUGACGAUGACGUGAACGUGAGCGUAAAGGUCCCCAAAGAAGGGAUAUACGGUGUCCCCUGGGCUGGCGAACCAGGUGCCCCAUCUUGGAUUGAACAUGCACCCCUUGAUAUUAUAGCUUACGGUGCAAUGGGAGGUCGUAUGGAUCAGACUUUUCAUGCAAUCGAUCAGCUGUUCCAAGCGAGCAAUCGGUUGAAUGGAGAAUUCAUCAAAGAAAGUGGGGGAGCAGAAGGAGGACAAGAAGAAGAAAUAAAAAUGAAAGUCGAAAGUCAGAAUACGAGUUCCUCGUCUAAUAAAACGGCUGAGAGAAAAUUGAUUCUUAUGUCUGACGAGAGUGUGACGUUCCUAUUGGAGAAAGGGAAGAAUAUUAUUGAAACACCCUUGGGUCUAUUCGGGAAGACGUGUGGAUUGAUACCGGUUGCGGCGGCGUCUGUGAUCACGACAAAGGGGUUGGAAUGGGAUUUGGAUGAGACGGAGACGAGGUUCGGGGGCAUGGUCAGCACGAGCAAUCAUCUGGUACAAGACCGUGUGGAGGUUUUGACGACGGAGAAGUUGUUAUUUACUAUGGAGAUGCGCAAGAUAAAAUGA